AUGGACACCUUACCUUCCCGAACGGCCGAUGAGGCUAUCCGUGCCUCCGCAAAGCGUACCGCCGAUCUUUUCGGAACAGAAUAUUUGAUGGUCACACCGACGACUUCGACGGACGGCUCAAUCGGCGUGUCUUACCGACGGAAAGCAGAGUAUCAAGAUGUCAUCGAGUUGCCCCCCGCCUUGGCAGAGAAGCAAGCCAAAGCUGCCGCGGGACGUACGAAGCGCCCUAAGAUUCAGCCCGCACAGGCUCAGGGAUCCGGAGAUGGCAGUGGUGCUUCAAUGGCCCUUGUCAGGCGACCUGGUGGCGCUGGCGCUGGCGCCGCGGCCACGGAGGACCAACCCAAGAGCUUGAUCCAGAGACCUUCUGCCACAAAACAACAACGACCGGACUGGCACGCGCCAUGGAAGCUAAUGCGUGUCAUUUCUGGACAUCUGGGAUGGGUGCGAGCUCUGGCGGUGGAGCCUAACAACGAGUGGUUUGCCAGCGGUGCUGGCGACCGCACCAUUAAGAUUUGGAAUCUGGCGACGGGUGCUUUGCGAUUGACAUUGACUGGCCACAUUUCCACCGUGCGUGGCCUCGCAGUGUCUCCUCGGCAUCCCUACCUCUUUUCUUGCGGUGAAGACAAGAUGGUCAAGUGUUGGGACUUGGAAACAAACAAGGUCAUUCGCCACUACCAUGGUCAUCUCAGUGGUGUGUACACCUUGGCUUUGCAUCCUCGUCUUGACCUCUUGGUGACUGGCGGUCGUGAUGGUGUCUGCCGAGUGUGGGACAUGCGCACCCGAAGCAAUGUCCACGUCCUUUCCGGUCACAAGGGCACUGUGGCCGACAUUCAGUGUCAAGAGGCCGAUCCCCAGGUCAUUUCCGGCUCACUGGAUGCCACAGUCCGUCUAUGGGAUCUGGCUGCAGGAAAAUCCAUGGGCGUCUUGACGCAUCACAAGAAGGGAGUUCGAGCGCUUGCUACCCAUCCUACCGAGUUUACCUUCGCCAGUGCGAGCACCGGCAGCAUCAAGCAGUGGAAGUGCCCAGAAGGUGCUUUUAUGCAGAACUUUGAGGGCCAAAACGCCAUCAUCAACACCCUCUCAGUCAACGAUGAGAAUGUCAUGUUCUCUGGUGGUGACAACGGCUCCAUGUCAUUCUGGGACUGGAAGACCGGAUACCAGUUCCAAUCCAUUGAUACGAUGGCACAACCAGGCUCACUCGAGGCUGAAGCUGGAAUCAUGGCCUCCACAUUUGACAAGACUGGUCUCCGUCUCAUCACAGGAGAGGCUGAUAAGACCAUUAAGAUCUGGAAGGAGGAUGAGAAUGCUACCCCGGAGACUCAUCCAGUGACAUGGGCGCCAACGCUUGGCAGACAACGCUACUAG